CGAUUAUCUGAUCUUUUACCAUCACCAACACAAACUGCUUUGAAAUUUGCUUUGAUGACUGAUUAACUUAAGAUUAUUUUGACUUCUAUUAUUAAAUACGAAAUUUAUUUGACAAAUAUGUCGACCGAAAAUUACGCUCAUCUGAGCGAUAUUGAAAUACAGAGAAAACUGACGCAAAAUGGAUUUCCACUGAUUCCUGUGACGGAAACGACCAGGCCAAUAUUGAUAAAGAAACUGAUGAAACAUAUGAAAAACGAAAAGCUUAAAAAGGGGAAAGUAACAAACUAUGUACUUUACUCCAAAGAUAAUCACAAUUCAGCUAAUUCAGCACCAGUUGCAAUACAAGAAAAAUCGAAUCUCUUUGAUAAUGUUCAUGAGAACAAUAACGAUAUUCAGGUAUUCAAAAAUCAUCCAGUAAUCUAUAAAAGCGAUGCUAAUGUGAAUACAAUGCAAAGUGCAGCCGCAAGGAUGUAUGCACCACCUCCGGUCUUGGCGUCCAAUUACGAUAGUGAAAAUGAACAGCAUGCUUUAAAUAUUUCGAACAAAUAUCGGAAAACCCGUUCAAUAGCAGGUGAUUCCCCGUCAUACACCAAAAUAAAUGGGAAAGCUAACAUGUGUGAUGGAGGUGUUGUGAAUCGAUUGCUUAGCUUUCGGGAUACCUCAACUAAAAAGAAAAAAUUCAACUCCAAAGAUGUAUACUCAGUACCUAUGUCAAAUGCGUUUACAAGCAAUGGGAUCUUCCACAAACUUAUUUCAUUUGACCUAAAAUCAUAUCUAAGGAAACCUGACGUUAGUUUGCACAUAAUACCACACGUACUUAUUGCGUCGUUAGUCAUUUUUCUGGCAAUGAUUUCAGUUCUAUAUGCCGCCAAGAAAUUUGAGCUUAGUCCGAUUUCUCAUACCGACUUAACAUAUACAAUAUGUGACCCAAACGAUAAAGACUUACAGCUCGCCUCUCAGAAAACCACGUGUAUUAGCGAGGAUCUAUUUAAAAAGGCCAUGUACAUAAGUGAAGAGCUUUUCAAGUACUUAAAUGAAAGAGCCAGAAUACACCAUUGCAUAGAUAAGGAUCAUUCCCCAACCCUUGAACUGGACGAUUUAAAGAAAGCCUUAAGUGAAAACACUAAUAUCCUAAAAGGCGGCAACCCACAAAAGAAACUGCUGGCGACGCAGUAUCUUAUUGCACAGAAUCCGCAAUGGAUGAUCAAAACUACAGUCUCAACUCAUAACUCGUCAGAGGAAAUCUUGUCAUUUGAGCUAACUCAACCAAAUUUGCCAAUUAAAUGCAUAAUCCUUAAGAAAAUGUCGCGCUUUUUUACUGCAAUUGGAUUACUACUUCUGAUUGCAUUGGCUGGUCUAAUAAUAUAUUUCCUAAUUGCUUUUUAUCGAAUCAAACAGAAGGAAAGACUGUUGGCAGCUGAACAUUUCAUAAAGGAUAUUAUUAACGAGUUGAUGUAUCAAAGUUCGGUGUCGGAAAACUCGGAAUUAAUCAUAAAUGAGCUACAAGACAAAUUUUUGCCUGCUCAGAAACGAUCAAAACUUUUAUAUUCGUGGAAUAAGGCCUUAAAGACUCUGGAAGCAAAUGAUAACCGUGUGUUAUUUGGAAUGAUUGUGCGAAACGGCGAACAACUUCGUACUAUGACAUGGAACAAGAGUAUUGGCAAUAAGGAAACUAGCACAUCGAAGAAGUGGCAAAGCUCGGCUUUUGAUAACUCAAACAAGAUCUUGAACCCUCCAACGUCUUGCUUGAAAAUCCGGCACAUGUUUGACCAAUCUGAAAUUGAUCAACCCAACUUAAGACAGUCGAUCGUUGAAUCAAUAUUUGAAAAGGUCGGCUCCAACUGCAAAAUAUGCGAUGUACAACUGGAUAAGCAAUCCUGCUGCGUCUACAUUCGCUGUGCAACUGAAGCGGACGCGGGAAUGGUCCACAACGAAAUCAACGGAUGGUGGUUCGAUAAGAACCUAAUAUCGAUUAAGUUUCUUCGACUUGAACGCUAUUUAAGCCGCUUUCCCAAAUCCUUAGCUGAUCCCAUGUACUUUAAAUCGCCUAAUGUUUAAGUUUUACAGCGUUAAGCGUAUCAAAAAAAAGUUAAAUAUUUUAAUAAAAUUUAAAUUUUACUGUGAA